AUGGCGUCCUACGGCCAUACGACGGUGGUUGGCUCUCUCCCAUCCGACUAUGCAACCGUAUCUCGUUUUGCUGCUGCUCACCCAGGCAACAUGGAGUCUGAGGUAGAAUCGGAGCCUAGUCACACGAGCAUUGCCAGACGCCCAUCCCGCCCUACUAUGGCUCUGCCAACUAUCUCCCAACAUUCGGAAACACUGCGAAACCCUACUGAAAACACCCCAUUGCUCCGCGCCGAACCCCAAGUUCCGCGAAUUCAUGAACCCGUUGGCGACGCCAAUGAUGCAGAAGUAUCAACCACAUCGCUAUACUGGUCAGAGCUUCGUAUUUUGACCAAAUACUCACUCCCUGUCUUCGGCACUCACUUGCUGGAGUAUAGUCUUGUCAUGGCUCCUGUCCUGUCCAUCGGUCACCUGUCCACAACCGCUCUUGCGGGCAUUACAUUGGGCUCGAUGACCGCAAGUGUUUCGGGGUUUUCCAUCCUCCAAGGCAUGGUCAGCGCUUUAGAUACGAUGCUUCCUUCAGCCUGGACCUCCUCUCAGCCACAACUAGUCGGGCUUUGGUCUCAGCGGAUGGCGGUUGUGAUGGGAGCGUCCCUCAUCCCUAUGUACUUCAUCUGGUGGAAUGCGGAAGCCAUUCUAUUAGCCCUCAAACAGGACCCUGAAGUAGCCUACCUUGCAGCCCUCUAUCUACGCUGGGUCUCACUCGGAUUGCCUGGUGCUUCAUUUGAACUUCUCUCCAAGCUAAAACUUACUUGUUCCGAAGCGUACGCGUUGAACUUAAUCAGUCGGCGAUAUUUUCAAUCACAAGGUCUAUUUGCGGUACCGACCAGAAUAAUCUGCAUUGUUGCACCGAUAAAUGCUCUAUUGAAUUACCUGCUGGUUUGGGGACCACUGCCCAUCAGACUUGGUUUCAUUGGAGCACCAAUUGCCACUGUUUGUUCGCUCAACUUGGUCUGCGUCAUGAAUAUCACCUAUGGAAUCUUUAUUGCACCGCAUACUGCCUGGAUGCCUAUCUCGCGACGGAGCUUCACUAGUCUCGGUAUACUUGUCAACCUUGGCCUUGCUGGUGUUGCCAUGACCGCGUCAGAAUGGUGGUCCUGGGAGCUGGUUGCGCUUGCGGCGUCCAUGCUUGGUCCCAUCUCACUGGCAGCACAAUCAAUUCUAUUGUCUUCUGCUUCGACGACAUAUCAGGCACCUUUCGCACUCAGUGUCGCAUCUUCCGUGCGAAUUGGAAAUCUUCUCGGCGAGCUCAACUCGUCUCGCGCAAAGAUCGCUGCUCACGUCUCACUACUAAUGGCACUGGGUAUCGCUUUGAUUUUCAGCACGAUGUUCAUGGUCUUCCGUAACUCGUGGGCAUACCUAUUCAACGACGAUCCAGAGGUUGUUGCUCUUGUGGCUUCCAUCCUCCCUCUUGUCGCCUUGUUCCAAGUCUUCGAUGGUACAUCUGGAGUUGCUGGAGGUAUUCUACGAGCCAAGGGCAAACAGAUGACCGGCGCACUCCUAAAUCUCAGCGCAUAUUAUAUUCUGGGAAUACCUUUGGGUGCAGCACUUGCAUUCAACGCUGGCAUGGGGCUGCACGGCCUCUGGAUUGGAUUGACGUUCUCUUUGGUGUAUUGCGCGGUGUUCGGUUCACUGUUGUGUCUGCGGACGGACUGGGACAGAGAAGUUCGCAAAGUGGUGGCACGAAUCGAAAACGAAACUCGACAUAAACCGAGGGAUAACGCGGGGAAUGUGUGA